AUGAAUUCCCCAAGUGUCAAAUACAUUUCAGAAUGCUUUGUCCAGCCACACCAUGCCUCAGAAGAAUCAAAGCAGCCCUUCUACUUGACCCCCGGUGAUCUGGCCAUGCUCUCUGUGCACUACAUUCAAAAGGGCCUUCUCUUUUCCAAACCACCAGAAGCAAAACUGGGACAGGAGGAUUUCACCAAUUCUCUGUUGGAAAGGCUCAAACACUCUCUUUCCACUGCACUUGUUCAUUUCUACCCAUUGGCAGGUCGCUUUGUGACCGAGAAGAACGAAGACCCACCUUUGUAUUUGGUAUAUGUAGAUUGCAACAACAGCCCUGGAGCCAAAUUCAUAUAUGCAACUCUGGACAUGUCAAUUUCUGACAUUCUUUCACCAACUGAUGUGCCUUUGGUGGUUCAAUCGUUUUUUGAUCAUGACAGGGCGGUCAACCAUGAUGGGCACACCAUGUCCUUGCUAACCAUUCAGGUCACAGAGCUGGUAGAUGGCAUUUUCAUAGGGCUUUCCAUGAAUCACUGUCUUGGUGAUGGAACCUCUUACUGGCAUUUCUUCAACAUUUGGUCUGAGAUCUUUCAAGCACAAGCACAAGGAGAUCAUAAUAAUUUUGUACCCAAUAUCUCAAGACCACCAGUCCUCAAGCGCUGGUUUCCAGAUGGUCAUGGCCCAAUUAUCAAUCUCCCUUUCAAACACUCGGAUGAGUUCAUUGGCCGAUAUGAAGCUCCCAAACUCAGGGAGAGAAUGUUUCACUUCUCCUCGGAAUCCAUAGCCAAACUCAAAGCAAAGGCCAAUGCAGAGUCUAAUACCACCAAAAUCUCUUCCUUCAAGUCCUUGUCUGCCCUGAUGUGGAGGUCUAUUACUCGUGCGCGUGGUUUACCCCGAGAUCAAGGAACCAGCUGCAGGCAUGUUUCUUUCAAUACAUUCCACUCAGAAGAAUUCCCAAAUAGUUUUCUGUUGGCUGCGAAUCUAAGAGGAAGAUUAGAGCCACCAUUGUCUGGAGAUUAUUUUGGGAACUCAAUUCACCCGAUUAGAUCAGAAAUUGUCCCAGCUGGUGAGUUGCUUGAACACGGGCUUGGAUGGGCAGCGUGGAAGUUGCACGAAGCUGUAGUUAACCACAAUGACAAGUGGAUAAGGGAACAUGUUGAUGGCUGGCUGAAGUCUCCAGCUGUGUACCAAGUGAGUUUCUUUGAUCCACUCAGUGUGAUGAUGGGGAGUUCACCAAGGUUCAACAUGUACGGAAAUCAGUUUGGAAUGGGAAAAGCACUAGCGCUUAGAAGUGGUUAUGCACAUAAGUUUAGCGGCAAAGUGUCAUCGUACGAAGGCCGUGAAGAAGGAAGCAUAGACUUGGAGGUUUGUCUUCCACCUGAUGCAAUGAGUGCUCUUGAAUGUGACGGUGAGUUCAUGGAAGCUGCCUCUGUACCCCGUUAUUAG